AUGAGCGACUUGGACAGAGCUAUCGCCCAGCUUCGGGCUUGUCGUCCAAUACCCGAGGCCGAAGUUCGAGAACUGUGCCACAAGGCACGAGAGUUGCUCAUUGAGGAGGGCAACGUCGUCACAGUCACCGCCCCGGUUACCAUAUGUGGUGAUAUUCAUGGUCAAUUUCACGAUUUGAUGGAGUUGUUCCGCGUCGGCGGCGAUGUGCCUGACACGAAUUAUCUAUUCAUGGGCGACUUCGUCGACCGAGGUUUCUACUCACUUGAAUCUUUUCUUCUCCUUCUUUGUCUCAAAGUACGAUAUCCCGACCGCAUGACUCUAAUUCGUGGCAACCACGAAUCACGACAAAUUACCACCGUCUACGGCUUCUACGAUGAGUGUCUACGAAAAUAUGGUAGCGCGAACGUCUGGCGAUAUUGCUGCGAUGUGUUUGAUUACCUUGCGCUCGGCGCUAUUGUUUUAGGCGCAUCGAAUACCAUGUCGCCUGCCAAUGAUUCUAUCACUGCUCAAGAGUACGCAGACCAGGAGGUGGAGAUCGAGGUCUGCAAUGCCGACGGCAAUAUUAUGCAAAGCUUUCAAAGGCAGAAACCUGGCAAUGGCGGCGCUCAGCAGGACAACACUUCGAAUGGUGCUCAGUCCAACAGUGGAAAUGGCAGCGGCGCCAAGACCGGCCCUCCUGGCUCCGGUGCGUCAGGCUCUAGUGGCGGAUCGGUGGGCAAUCCUGCCGGUGCAGUUCUAUGUGUGCAUGGCGGCCUUAGUCCGCUCAUUGACACGGUAGACAAGAUUCGACUGCUCGACCGCAAGCAAGAGGUCCCCCAUGAGGGAGCCAUGUGCGACCUAUUAUGGUCAGACCCAGACGAUAUCGACGGCUGGGGUCUCUCACCUCGUGGUGCUGGCUUCUUGUUUGGUGCGGAUAUCGUUAAGACAUUUAACCACCGCAACGAUCUGUCAUUAAUCGCCCGUGCACAUCAACUCGUGAUGGAGGGUUUCAAGGAGAUGUUCGAUGCCAGUAUCGUUACGGUCUGGUCAGCCCCGAAUUACUGUUACCGUUGUGGCAAUGUAGCUGCGCUGCUUGAGCUUUCGGAAGACGAGUCCGGACUCGGUGUGUUCUCCCGGAGCAACGGAGACGUAGGGCGCAGUGACGGUGGUGUGGGUUUCAGGGGCGUCAUGAUGGAGAGUGAUAUAGGAUUGAAGAGUGGACCAGCACGACGAUACCGUGUGUUCCAGGCGGCUCCGCAGGACUCUAGAGGUAUGCCUGCCAAGAAGCCUGUCGCAGAUUACUUCUUGUAA